GCUAUCAUCCGCACGCUCACCUGAUGGUUUACGGAAGUAAUCCUUAGUCAAAUUCUUCCUACGUUACUUUAUAUUGUAUUCCCUUGGAGUGCCUAUCGUGUGCUGGAGGGCCUAUUUACUGGUUUGGUUGGUGCCGUGGGCAUCCAUGUGUGCCAACAUCGCAAAAGUUGGUCUCACGUAUUUAUACGAAUGCUCCUGAUUUGUCCUCUCUACCACCACAGGCCCUUCUCCUCCAUGCGUACUAACAAUGCUUCCUGCAACUUAUAAGCAAACCCCAGUCCUGACAUCCCCUCGUCUCGUUCUUAGAACGCCAUGUUACAAUUCUUAGUUCUUACUGCUUUGUUCCUCCUUGCUGGAGGUGAACGAAUCGUUAGAUUCAUCUCCAGCGAUGGGAAUAUUUACACCGGCGACGCUAUCUUGCCCCCAAACACUACCGAUGCGUUUUUCAGUACGCGCGCCAGGGUCAUUCAAGGUGACAUUCUCGGUAACUUCACUGUCACACGUGAAAUCAAGGAUAUCAAAAAGUUGCUGGCUCCCCUUCCCAGCGAGAGGGUCAGAACUGUCCGAAUGGUCGGUUUAAAUUACGUUUCCCAUAUCGAUGAGGGAAAUAUGACAAUUCCUCAAUGGCCUAUCCUGUUUUACAAACCAUGGACAGCGCUGAACACCCCAAGCGAUCCCAUUCCUGUCAGUGCUGGCUUCCAGACACAAGGAAACUUCACGUCCAGCAUGGACUGGGAGGGAGAACUUGUUGUCGUCAUCAAGAAGGCAGCCUACAAUAUUACAGACGACGAAGCUCUGGAUCACGUUCUCGGUUACACGGUUGGACAUGAUGUCUCUCACCGUGGCUGGCAGAUCGAUCGAGGCGGAGAGCCUCAACCUCAGUAUUCGAUGGGCAAAGGCGCCGACGGGUGGGCGCCCUGGGGACCAGCUAUCGUGACGACAAACAUCAUUCCUGAUCCCCAAGUUCUCAACCUUCAUACGAAAGUUAACGGCGUCACCAAGCAAAACGCGACUACUGCAGAUAUGAUAUUCGGUGUAAAGCAUCUUGUCUCGUUCUUCUCGAUGGGUACAACUCUUCUUCCAGGGGACGUCAUCUUCACCGGGACCCCCAGCGGAACAAACCUGGGGAAGGUGGUUCCAGAAUAUUUGGUCAAUGGAGAUGUCGUUGAGGUGGGCUUGGAGAAUAUCGGAACCUGCACUAACAGGAUUCAAUACGUCAACACGUCCUCCGAUUCUGUCAACAGUUUCUUCCUACUUUAAUUUUCUUAGUUUACCAAAUGUAAAAACUGCAGUCCUUCCGAAUCAUGCUUGACUAAUUUAGUAUAGAGAAAGAAGACUCAAUUCGUUCCAGCUGAC